GGAGGAGAAGAGGGGGGACUCCAGCCCCUGAAGGGCUCACUGGCGUCCCUGGUAGAGAUGCCCAAUGGGCAGGUGGCUAAAUAGUGGGCCUGCUGCUUCCUCAUCUGUCCUUCUGCCCUCAGGUGUGACGUUCUCCGAUGUGGUGAGCGCCACAGAGCCGUGCAAGCCGUGCACGGAGUGCGUGGGCCUGCAGAGCAUGUCUGCGCCGUGCGUGGAGGCAGACGACGCUGUGUGCCGCUGCGCCUACGGCUAUUACCAGGACGAGACUACAGGUCGCUGUGAGGCGUGCCAAGUGUGCGAGGCGGGCUCAGGCCUCGUGUACUCGUGCCAAGACAAGCAGAACACCGUAUGCGAAGAGUGCCCCGACGGCACGUACUCUGAUGAGGCCAACCACGUGGACCCGUGCCUGCCCUGCACCGUGUGCGAGGACACCGAGCGCCAGCUGCGCGAGUGCACGCGCUGGGCAGACGCUGAGUGCGAGGAGAUCCCUGGCCGUUGGAUUACACGGGCCACGCCCCCAGAGGGUUCAGACAGUCCAGCCCCCAGCACCCAGGAGCCUGAGGGACCUCCGGAAUUAGACGUCGUAGCCAGCGCUGUGGCAGAUGUGGUGACCACAGUGAUGGGCAGCUCCCAGCCCGUGGUGACCAGAGGCACCACCGACAACCUCAUCCCUGUCUAUUGCUCCAUCUUGGCUGCUGUGGUUGUGGGUCUCGUGGCAUAUAUUGCCUUCAAGAGGUGGAACAGCUGCAAGCAGAACAAGCAAGGAGCCAACAGCCGGCCGGUGAACCAGACGCCCCCACCCGAGGGUGAAAAACUCCACAGCGACAGCGGCAUCUCUGUGGAUAGCCAGAGCCUGCAUGACCAGCAGCCCCACACGCAGACGGCAGCAGGCCAGGCCCUCAAGGGUGAUGGAGGCCUCUACAGCAGCCUGCCCCCGGCCAAGCGAGAGGAGGUGGAGAAGCUGCUCAACGGCUCUGCAGGGGAUACCUGGAGGAACCUGGCGGGCGAGCUGGGCUACCAGCCUGAGCACAUAGACUCCUUCACCCAUGAGGCCUGCCCUGUCCACGCCCUGCUCACCAGCUGGGCCGCCCAGGACAGCGCGACACUUGACGCCCUCCUGGCCGCCCUGCGUCGCAUCCAGCGUGCCGACAUUGUCGAGAGCCUGUGCAGCGAGUCCACGGCCACGUCCCCCGUGUGAGCCGACCGGAGCCCCCACCCUGCCCCUACAUUCCGACAACUGAUGCUCCAGCCAUCCCCCCAUGGAGCCGCCCUGGACAGGCGGCCUGCCAGAGCCCAGCUCCUCUUGGCACGGCCUGAAGCCCAGGCCCCCACAGCCCUGUUGCUGCUCCCUGUGCGGCCCCUUCGCUUCUGACUGAACUCCCUCUCCGGCGAAAGAAGUGCCCCGCCGCCUCCUCCUCCACACCCACCCUGCCCCAUCACCGUCUGGGCCUUCUACUACCUUCCCUCCACUUGCCUAGGUGGGCCAGCCUCCCCCCACCCUAGCCGGUGUCAAAUCUGGGGCUGACACACACCAGUAAUGGUGUUGGGCCUGUGACAAGGCCCUGGAGACUCAGAGGGAGAGGCCAAGGAGCCAGAGCCAUGGACUCUACACUGUGAACUUAGAGAGAGGGCCUAAACCCUUCCUCAGGCCCCUCACCCCUCCCCUCUGGCCUGAGCAGAUGAGGCUCAGAGGCCCCUCAGGGCUGGAGGAUUUUGAAAUCUAGUCCACCCCGCUCAUUUUACAUACAGGGUGGUGAGGCCCAGAGAGAGGCAGUGACUUUCUCAAGGUCACCCAGCAAUGCAGAGGCUGAGUGUGGGCUGGCACCCUCCUCUCUGAAGGAGGGGCUCAGGCCUCAGGUUUAUCUAAGGGCUGAGGGAGAGGGCCCAGCGACCCUCUGGGAAAUGUCUCUAAGCCCAGUGGCCUCUGUCCUCCAUGUACUCCAGGCCUGUCCUGACCCCUGUGGAAGUGGGAUGCUUUGGCCAGGGUCUGGAUCAUUAAUCCAUCAUGAUCUGAUUAAGGUUUGGGGUUUGUGGAAUGGGGUACUGCUCCCCUCUAGGCACGUCAAUAUGGCAUUGGGGGGGAGUCAGAGAAAAGGUCAUGUGGUCCCAGUCUGUUGCUGCCCUCAGCCCUGGCCUAGACCCAAAGCCAACACGGGCAGCAUCUUCCCCUUGAAUCAGCCCCGGGGGUCAGGGACUAAGCCCCCCUACCCCCAUCCGUGCAACACACACACAGGAUGAGAAAUCUUGCUUUCCUCCACCCAUUCCUUCUCUUGGGCUGUGACCGGAUACUGCCCGGGGCAGCUGCCAGAGAAGCAAGGGAGGGAAUUAAACUCUGUUCUCAGUCUUCCUUCGCCCCCGAGUUUGGCGGGCCAAGGACUGCUGAGGCUGGA